AUGCGGUCACUACGAGGAGAACACACCAACCCAGAGGGUCAGGCUCGAACAGUGCACUCCAGUUCCUCACCUUCUGUACAAUCAGCCCCAACACCGCAUGCAGUUGCUAUGACCCUUCCACCAAUAUUGCAAUCUGUUGGCGCACCGUUACCUAUGGCCGAUAACAUUAACCAUCAUGCAGGAAACGAGAUGCACAGAGAAGCCCUUAACCUGCGGCGAGUGGCACCGAUAGACCGUCACGUCGCCAUUCGAGAAGUUCAAGAAGAAAGCUCGGCUCCAGCCCCUCCUCCCCCAUCGGAAGUCCAUUACGGUAUGACCAUACCAGUUACAGCCCCUCAAAGAGUCCCACCUACAAUCUACCCACAACCACUUCGAAGCCAACCGGUCGUUGUUUACAUUGACCAGGGAAUACCAAUAGCCACUAGAUACCCUCCAGGACCUCACAUCCACAUAGGCAGGGGCCCUUACCCCGUGGUGCCCAUAACCCCCGAAAUUCCAUUUCAUGGAUACACGGUACCACCACAUAACGCUACUGUCGCCCAACCUCAAGGGUCAUAUAUGAUCCUAGCACCACCACCACCACCACCCCCACUUGGCGUGCCACAUGCUCUAGCACCUUCGUACUCAGUGCAUCAUCAACCGGAAGCACAGAUAGCACCCCGCCCACCCCCAGAAGCACAUGUUCAGAACCUGAACACACGAACUACACCUGUUAACCCCUCUGGACGCAACAAACCCCUGAUUGAUAGUCUUCGCCUCACUCCUAUACCUUUAGGUUUCAAAGGCCCAACUAACAUGACCACCUAUGUUGGCGACACCGACCCUUUUGAGUGA